GGCAGCCCAUUAACGAUGUUUUUAUGAUGUCCUGGAUUUUCAGGUUCCUUAUCAAAUAGAUAUGGAUGUCCUAGGUUGUUGUAAAGAAUGCAAGAAAAUAAGUGUGUAUUCCAUUAUCAAUUUCAAAUGAAUUUUGAUCUGCCAGAGUACGACUAUACUUUACCCCAAACACUGUCUGGUACUGAAGGAGCAGUUCAUAAAGAUGUGGAUUUUUGCAAUAAAACGUCAGCUUCUGUACAAUAUCCAAAGCCAAACGUUUCUACGAUAGGCUAUAAAAGGCAAUUGAGCAAUGGAUCUGUAAGGGACUCGGAAAGCGGUAUAUAUUCUGGGUCGGAAGGUGUCUUCUCAAAUUCGGAGGUUCGAGAAAUCACAAAUUUUGAAGACGAGGGCAUUGGUUUGGGGACUUCAGGGUCGUCCGAUGACAAGGUGAAAACAGGUAUGCCGAAUAGACUUGCUUUAGGAAAACUGGUAAAACAAUAUCAUGAUGAAACUGGCACUGCUGACGGAACGGCUAAGCUUCCUGAUAAUAACUUGUGCGAAACUCCAAAAGCUACAAAUGUGUUCUUCAAACCUUCACGACCAGAACAUCCAAAAGAUAAAAGCGUAAGAAGACGGACAGCAAGAUAUUCAAAGUGCCAUUUGAUGCCCUUGUUUAUUCCAAAACAAGAUAAAAUUUACGGAUGGAAACAUGGGGAACCCGGUGCACAAGCGGCGCACUUUGCAAAUGUUUCAGAAUGCAAGACAUUUUCUCAGACAUGUCAAGAUCCAAUGCAGACUGGCAACCCAGAACCAGACAAAGCUCUGUCAAACACGCUAUCGUCAAAACCAAUGAAAAAGGAGAUGAACUACCCAAGUGUUGCAAAGUGUCAUUCCGAGACUACACUUAGCGACCUCUUCGAUAUUUCUUGCUGCCUGAAAAACAAUUCUGACGAGCGGUCCUUGUCUUCUCCGCCACAUGGAAGGGAUCGUCGGUUGACAUCCAAUGAAAACAAACAUUAAAAUGCACACCACUGAUAACAUGUGUGACUAACUUCCAACUAAUGAGAGUGGAAACUCCAUCUAAAACUUCAUCUAAAACAAAUAUAAAUCUUUUCCAAUUACAAUUAUUGUUAGCAACUAAUCAGGUUACAAUGUAGAACACAAUAAUUUUAACCACAAUCAUUAACCAUUACAGUUAAAAUUGUCCCGUAUCAUUCUCAAUCCAUUUAUCUCCAUUCUCUUGCAUUCCGGACUAGGACUUCCGGUGAUCCGUUGCUGGAAACUCCAUCUUCGUGCAGUACUUAUAAUAAUAAUAACAAUAACUUCAUUUAAAGUUGAUAACAUAUUUGGCUAUAGCCAGUCUAACAUAUGGUCCUCUAACAUAAUAAUGUAAAAAUUCAUCCUAACAUGUACAUAGACAGUGAAGUGAAAGACAUGAAUCAAAAUAACGUAUUGUGAACAAAUUAAUUCUUAGUAGCAUAAACAGUAUGUAGUACAAUGAAAAGAGAUUAAAAUAAGAUAAACGUAUGUACAAAUGGUGAAAGAAUAAAUGCUAUCUUUUACAAAACACCAGAAUUAAGAGUUCCUCUUUGUUUCUAUGGCAAAAAACACAUCGUUUCACUGCAGUUGAUAAAACAAAAGCAGAACCAAAACGUUGCUUUUUUGGAGGGGGGGGGGGGUGUUUUUUUCCCGUAUUUGUGUAAUAUAUGUAUACUUGUAAAUUUCUGAUUUGGUGUUGAUUUCGAUAUAAAUAUGUUUAAAUGUCUUCGUAACGUCAGGACGUACUUCCGUUUUACGCACGAAAAUUUCGUGCGCUUUGUUAACACGCUAAUGCAAGGAAAAAAUGCCAUAAGAAAAUCAUUUGUUUGAUUUUAUUUUUACUAUUUUGGUUGAAACUGAAACGCAAGAAAAAGAUUCAGUCAAUUGUAGAAGGUCCAGAUUUGCAUAUCCUGCUUUCGGCUAACUGUUUACUUGUUAAAUUGACAGCACCGCGUUACCGAUUUCCAUCUGCAACUACAACUAGUGAAAGAAUCCUAUAAUGUGCAGCUAGUAGGUUGCUACUGAAAAAGCCUACAAAUAAGUUUGUUGAUACGCAAGACAAAUGUUUAUCGAUCACAAUGAUGUGGUUUUAUUUGCUGUUGUAGAUUUAAACUUUUAUAAACAGUAGAAUGUAAAGAAUAUCAGUGCAGAUUUUAGUUCAAUUAUACAAACAUGCCCUGAAAUCAAGAAGUUCAUGCAGUAUAUCUAAAACUGCUUGUAAACUAAUGGCAAACAAGAGACAAUGACACUGUUUUCAAUCUGUUAUAUCAGUGAAGGUUAUUCAGUAUAUUUUUGUAGUUUCGUUUUAAGUCUUCUGUAUUUGUAAUGCGUAAGUCUCAUACUAUGGUAAUAUUGUAGAAUUGAUACAUAUUUUGCAUGAAAUUUUGUAACAUCUUAAUAACAAUCUGUAGUGGAUUAAAUAUACUGAUACAACUUUA